AUGGGUUUUGAUUCAGCAGUUGUGGACCUCAUUAUUCAUUGCAUUAGCAGUGUUUAUUACUCAUUUACUGUUAAUGGUUUCGUUCAAGGUCAAGUUACUCCUACCCGUGGUAUUUGCCAAGGUGAUUUGUUGUCCCCUUUUCUCUUUAUUAUCUGCGCUAAAGGUCUGUCUAGACUAUUUCAGCAUGAAGAACAACAUGGUCAGAGCCUAAAUACUGCAAAGUCAGUUCUCUUUUUCUCUCCAAAUACAUUACGUGUCAUCCAAACCAGUCUACAACAGAUCUUGCAAAUGACUACAAAGCCUUGCCAUGAAAGAUACUUGGGGUUACCCUCUUACUCGGGCUGGGAUGAGAAUGUAUUGUUUGGUGAAAUCAAAGAAAAAUUAUGGAAUCUCCUUUCUCCUUGGCAAGAAAAAUUAUUUUCGAUUGGUGGCAAAGAAAUACUCCUCAAAGCGGUUGCUCAAUCCAUACCAACUUAUGCAAUGAGUUACUUUCGACUUUCUAAAUCUCUUAUUAACCAAAUAGAGAUAAUGUGCAAUAAAUUCUGGUGGGGAUCUAACUCAUUGUCAUCUAGCAUUAACUGGAAAGCUUGGAAAGCUCUUACUUAA